ACGCAACACCGCUUCCGCCCUUUUCUGAUUUCUCCAUCGGACUCCGAUGCCGAACCCCAAACACCGCUUCCGCCCUUUCUGUUUACCAAAUCCACACGGUCCCUUAUAAAAACAAAAACAAAACAAAUCCACACGGCCCCAAUCCACACCCGCGUGCCGCCGCCGCCGCCGCCCUCCUUUCUGAUAAACGCCCUCCCCAUCGGCGUAUGGCCAUUGACCACAUCGUCCGCGCCGCCCUCCGCCACCGAGGAAACCGCAAGCAGUCAUCAGCAAUGCCGCCGUACGCACCGAGAGAGCAGCGGCACGACGGGCCGCCAGGGGAAGUCCCGCCGAUGAGCGCCAAGGACGUGACCGCCAUCGAAGCCCUCCUCGGAUACUGCUUCAUCGACAAAUCUCUUGUCGAGCUGGCGCUGACGCAUGGCUCCUUCUACUGGCCCAACCGCCCCGGGGAUACCUACGAGCGCCUCGAGUACCUCGGCGACGGCGUCCUCACCUGCCUCAUGUCGCGCGAGGUCUUCCGCACCUACCGCACGCUCCAGCCCGGCCCGCUCACAAGGCUCCGCGCCGCUAACGUCGACACUGAGAAGCUCGCGCGCGUUGCCGUCCACCGCGGGCUCCACCGCUUUUUGAGACACAAGGCACCUAAACUUCAAGAUCAGAUCUGUUUUUUCAUAGAAGAAAUGCGCAAAUAUCCAGUUCACUCAAAUGGACUAUUGGAUCCUCCUAAAGUUCUGUGUGACAUUGUGGAAUCUCUUAUUGGUGCCAUAUACUUGGACUCCAACUUCGACCAAGAGGAGGUCUUUCGAACAUUGGCUGAUCCACUUAUUGGCUUAGAGACAUUAGGCAAGCACCCUGUAAGCGAGCUUUUUGAGUUUUGCCAAAAGACUCACCGAGGGGUGAAAUUUCUGAAAGACGAAUGGGAUAAGAGUUUGAAGGUUCAGGUGUUGAUUGAUGGUGAGGUAGUUGGAAGUGCUAUUUAUGGUCCAAAGAAGGAGAUAGCUCAGAACCGUGCUGCGAAGGAUGCUCUGGAUAAGCUAAAGGACACACAUGGACACACCCAAAGUGAAUCAGCAUCAGUAGAUGUUUCUGAGGCAUUGGACGAAUUAGACAACACCCAAAGUGAAUCAGCAUCAGUAGAUGUUUCUGAGGCAUUGGACGAAUUAGACAUAGCUGGAACACUAAAUUGAGUGACAUAUAUAGAAAUGCAUAAUAGGUGCAAUUAAUGGCAAUGAAGUUUUGAAUCAUAGCAACACUUGGUUGGUCCAUUUUCAUUGAAUUUCUGUGUUGCUAUGUAAUUAUCUCUACUAUAUGAAAAUACCAGUUUUCAUGGUUCCAUGGUUUCUACCA